AUGAGCUUAAAACGUAGUAGAAAUUCAUUCAAUCCCGAUUGGGAGAAGCAAUAUAAUUUUGUAAAAAGAAGCAGAAAAGGUAAUGGCUAUUUUUUCUGCUUAUUGUGUCAGAGAGAUUAUAACAUUGAGUCAAUGGGAGUUUCUGGCAUUACGCAGCAUCAAGACCAAAAGAAACAUAAGGAAAUUGAAGAGGAAAAAAUGAAGAAUGAGACAAUGAGAAGUUUUGUAAGGAAUAAGUCAGUUCUGGGCACAAUAGAUAUGCAAGUUGCAGCAGCAGAAGGUAUGUACUAUAUUUUAUUAAUAUUACAAGAUGGACAACACUAUCAAAAGUGA